CCAGUAACACUGUUAGUUCUCCAGCAGUGAAUAGGGGAGAAACACCGAUUCUACUUUCUGGGAAAUUAAGUGGGUUCUAGACUCUGUGGCUUAGAAGGAAAAACGUAUCAUGUGUACUUUAUGAAAGCUUGUAUUAACAAGAGAAAAUUCUUUUGAGUCUCGCUGUCAGUGAAGUGAAAGUAGUCGAUUGUUAUUCAGGUGGUGAGUCAGUGAUAAAGAGUGGAGGGAGAGGAGCAGCAGCACCUGGACGUGGGGUCCUGCAGGAUAAACCUGUGGAGGAGGAUCCUAGAGUCUGUAGCCAGUCGGGGACACCAUAUAAGGAUGAACUUUACCGCCAUGAAGCAGCAAGACGGAUAUUCCUGGGACAUAUCCCAGAGGGUGAUGCUGUGAAACGCUUUCUUCACCACACUUGUAUUUAAGACAAUACUGUACAGUACACAAAGUGUGUGUGUGUGUAUGGUGUUUGCCGCCCGCUCACGCACACAAAAACGGCUACGACUAGUCCUACAACCAAAACUAUCCUCAUACUAGCUCCAGACUACUCUCCUGCUAUAUAUACAACCUCUACAGUACUACUAUCCCACCUACUACCACUACUACUGCUACUAUCUUACAAUCACUACAUCCUCCAUUUCAUCUACUACUACUGUACUAUUCUUCUACCAGCCCAGCAUUCACCAUCACAUUUUAAGGAAUAAAUCCAUCCCCACCCAUCAGCCCUCCUUCCCACCUACCAGUCCUCGUUUCCACUCACUAGCCUCAUUCCCACCUAUCAGCCCUCAUUCCCACCCACCAGCCCUCAUUCCCACCUAUCAGCCCUCAUUCCCACCCACCAUCUCCAACCACUAGCCCCAUUCCCACCCAUCAGCUCCCAUUCCUACUCACUGAGCCAACCAGCCUCACUCCCACAUCCAACAUGAGUCUGGAGAGGUUGGGUCCAUCGUCGCGGUAUGUGGACUACACACAGCCAGGGCCCAGCGGCUACCAGGCACCCUCCGUCAGCAGCUAUGAGUACGCUCCUGAGAGGCCGCCCAGGAGGGAGCGGAGUAGGUCCAGGGACAGGGAUUCUUCCUCCAGGAAUGGCUACGCAAGCAGGGAGGUAUACUAUAACCCUGGCUUGGUGGUGGAGCGCGCACCAAGUGAUCGGGCAGAGAGUGAAUUCACUGUUAGGAAUGAGGCGGUGAUCAACCCACAGCUGGAGGAGGAACGGCGGGCAGCAUCAAGGGCAGCAUCAGAGAUAUACGCCUCCACAAGGAUCCCCAGACCUCACUCCGAGAUCAGUCAAUAUACAUACCGGAGUGGUGGAGGCCAUAGUGACAAGGUGAGCGUGAAAACCAAAACAACAAGAGGCGGGAAGUUGGUGAUGGAAACAAUGACAGCACCUCACCCCUGCUGCCCCAACACCAAGAGUGUCUGCUGCCUUAUGGUCCUCCUCAACCUAGGCCUCCUCCUCAUUACCCUUGGCUUUGUUGUUGUUCUUCAGCUCUACGAUCCUGCCUUUGUCUGGUACAUCGGAUUGUGUAUGCUCAUCUUUGGCUUCAUGGUGCUCUUUGGCUCCCUCAUCUACUGUGUGUUUGUGUGCCGGGAGAUAGAGAAGAAGCGACCACCCCCCGGAGAGCUCUACUGGACCAACCACUGGACCAAGCAGCUCAACAUGCCUGAGAUACAUUACACAAAUACACAGUAUAAGCCAGCAGAUUACAAAGGGUCUGAGUUCUCCUUUAAGACUGAGCCAAGUAGAACAACAGCCACCAGCCAGAGGUACUGAGGUAUCAUGUAUUAUGUGAGACUUAGGCCUUGUGGAUUGUGGCAGUGUUGAUGCAAUGUGAGAACACAUUUAGUGAUGAGACAUUAGAUAAUGAGUUAUUUUAGUCAUUACAUGUUAUGAGGCAUUUACACUUAUCAAAUGACCACUCCAGGUUGAUGGGAUAGUUUCCUUAGAUCUGGCAGAUAUUAAUACAAAUUUAAUGAAGCAUUAUUAGUACUCUAUACUUGUGAAGAGAUCAGAAAUACUCAUGUUUUAUUCUCUCUGACACUGAAAUAAUUCCUCAAGAAUAAGUCGACAAACUUUGGUGAAAACUGCAUGGUUUACACGAUAGAAGUAGCAAAUAUGUAAGAUCUGUUUUUCAUUCAAUGGUUACAAAGCCUUCAGAUAUGCCCUGUCAUUUACAAAGAGUAUUUGCAUUUUUGCAUUUAUGAUAAGUGCAAUACAGUUUGGGUGGAUGCAAAUAUUGUAUAGCAAGACCAUCUAUUGUCACUCAUAUAAGUUUGAUGAGCUUGAUGUAUUUUUCCUCUGGGAUAGACUUUAGAAGGACCUAUACUGUAUUUCCUUAAUUAACAAAACAAUUAAAUUAAAAAUAAAAGGAACAGGAGGGUGUUGCUUGUUGUAAAGUUAGUGUUUGAACUUGAAGAGGAUAGCAUGAUCAACCUGAGCAAAAACUGAACAAGAAAAUCACCCAACAGGCCAUAAUAUUAUUAGUUAUGGCUGAUGUGAGAAGUCAAACCAUUUUUGUAAAUCUAUGUAAAUAGACAUUAUUGAAAGAGCAACUGAAUUCUAAAUCUACCAGUUUGGCUACUCCUCGUAUAUAAGCAAAGGUAAUAUUUUUCUCGCAACUUAAUGCAUGUUGAGGAGAAGAUCCCUUGAAGAAGAACUACUAGUCAGAAAUGUUUGGAUCUUUGAGUCGUGUAUUAUUCCAGUUACCGGGACUUUUGAUGAUAAUCUUAAGUUAAUAAUAUUAUGGAUUAUAAUAACAAGACAUUUAAUACUUUAAGUUCAUUAAAAACUAAUCUUGAAAACAGAACAGCAAUUCUAAUAUUGAUGCAGUUUAUUAUAUCUCAACAUAACAGUACUCUGCAUUUUGUGCCAUAUUAAAUGUGUGAGUCUAGCAUUGGUUCCUUUUUCCUUUGCAUUCCUGAGAUUGUUAAAGUGUUAAACAGUGCUGGUGAUCAUAAGAAGUUUUCCAGAUCAGUGAUGCAUUUAAAUUAACUGUACUAUUUGAUGUAUACCAUAUACAUGUAUUCUAUAGUUGUUUAUUACAUUCUGUAAUUUAAAUUUACUGAGUGAAAUUAAUACUGUAUACAGAUAGACUGUGUUAGGUCUUAGAAAUUGUGGCAAGCGUUUAUAUUACCACUACCGGUACAUGUAUCAGUAGACUUGACUCAAUAAACUGGGUAAGGUAGUGAUGUUGGAGAACACAAACAUACAGUAAUUGGAAGCCUAAUGUAUCACCAAACUCUUAAUGUUGGUAUUCCAAACAAUUAUUAACUUUUUGGUUGAUAUCCAAUUUCUUCUUAUUCUUUGUUCAGAAUAUUUCUCGCAACAGAAGAUGUACAGCAAAGUACCUAACUGAUUGCUUGUAAAUAAGGCACUCACACGUCUAGAAAUAGCAUCAGUAUUUUGCUGAGACUGUACCUUAGCUAGAUAAGUUCAGUCAGCAUCAUUUAGAAGAAAAAAAAGUUAGGCACUGUGUAGACCUUUCCAAAGGUUCUCUAUCUUAAUGUUGUCUCCUAACUGGUGCUAACUCAACAAGUUUCAAUUGCUUCAUUCACUAGGCAUAUCUGAAAUAAGUAACAAUGAAAAUUUUUCAAAAUACAAAACUGUAUUUGACUAUUUUAUCCAUCGAAUCACUCUUUUGUAAAUUUACUAUACAAAGAAUGUGAGUUGUUCAUUUUUUGAUACUGCACUGCUACACUUUAUACAGGUAAUAAUGAAAACAUCAGAAAACAAGCACAGUGCAUUUAAAUAAAUUUUUUUUUACAUUUACUAAGCGAACUGGUAAAUGGAGUCAGCAUUAAAAAUAUGUGAUUCAUGACACUAGGAGCUGUUGUGGCAAAAUCUGUUUUACAAUCACAGCUCUGUAACCUACACCUGCAAUAUGUAUACUACUGUCAUGAUUUUUAUUGUCAUCUAAUGAGAGUCCAACUACAGUGCAGUGCUGACUUUAUCUUUACUUAAUACCAUUUAUCGCCACACUCACCCAAAGUAUAAAUGUUUACCAUCAGCUAUAUAAAGACUGAAUAGAGGUAAUUGGUAUUCAGUGAUAAAGAUAUACUGUAGCCUGUCAGUAGUUAAAUAUAAGUAACUUUUAGGUCUCUUGACAAAAAAGAAAACAAAAAUUACAGUAGAAGAACCUGUACAGUAUUGUAUUCCCCCACACAGGUACAGAUGACACACAUAAGAUAUUAUUUUUCCCAAGACUAUCAGUCCCUUUACUCCAUAAAAAAAGGGAAGGGGAAUUCAAAUAAUAAACAGUAUGUUAGCUGUUAAUUGCCUAUUACCUAUUACCUUUACCUUUUCUACCAAUACUACCUUAAUAUUUAUUAGUUUAUGUUAUGGUAAACAAAAUUAUAUGCAAGUAAAUACAAGAACACAGAUUAUGAUCAUGUGGAAAGCAUAUACUGUACGGUAGUUACUGUACUGUAUGUAUAAUGGCCACUGACAGGUGCUCAGUGUUAACUGGAUAUCUGGAUACAGUAUUAAUAUUCAGUUUUUAUUUUCUUUAAAAUAAACCAACUAAUCUAUGGGUGCAAUAUAUGUUCCAGUGAUUAAAAUAACAUUGAUAAAACUGAUUAAUGAAUUAUGAACCUAUUCCAAAAGUAUCCCUCAAUGUAUUAACAGUUUAUUUUAAGUGUCCAAAUAUAUACCUUGAAUAUCCAAAAGAAUGAUAAUGAUUACCUCCCCAUAACUCACACCUCUUCCCACUCCUCAUUCUUUCCUCUCUCUGGCCUCCUAUCUCAUCUCACACGUAAUUCCUCAUAUCCUACAUUCCCCAUCUACCUGUUCAAUACAAAGUUAAGAUUUGAUUUUGAAUAAAACAUUUUUUUAUGAAAUGGUGAAUGUAAAAUAUCACUAACCUGCCUCACCUUCAGAUGCUUAAAAUAAAACCAUCACCCUAACUAAUACCGUACAUUUAUACCAAUGCUUUUAUAUAAAAACUUGUCGAGUAAG